AUGUCGCAGAUCCCCGUGGCGGUUCUGGGCGACAUCUCGCGCGACACGAUGGUGUGCGACUCGAUGGCGGUGCAGCAGCAGUGCGGCCAGCUGCUCGACGACCUCGUAUGCGCCGCCACGUGCGACCCCUACGCGGGCAGCUACGUGGCGGUCAACGAAUUCGUGGGAUCCACAGAGGUGGCUGUGUGCUUGCGAGAGGCGGAGGCCGUCUUCGAGGCUUGCAAGGACAUUCUCUUCAUUUCCACGUCUAAAAGCGCAACCCUUGAUCUCACGCCGUACUUCCCUGACGCGCGCACCUUCAUGACUCAAAUCGUGGGGGGCAUUCUGCGAGUCGUCAUGGGCAACGACAAGGUCCAAAUCGUGCUCACCAGUGCCAACUGCAUAGCAGGCAGCACCAACGCCUACCCCCAUGCCUGCUAUUCAGUUGGCCCGAGUCCUGUUGCGACACCUUCUCUUCAGUCCCCGACUCGUCCCAGUCAACAACAAACUCAGCAGCCUGCUUCACCGCCCGCGCCCCACUAUUCUCACUCCUCUUCUUUACCUUACCUGCAUCCCACCCUUUGCGCCCUUUUCCCCAUCCCCUCUUUCGGACCAACUGCAUCGCAGGCAACUCCAACGUCUACCCCGAGGCCACGUCCUGCUGUGACACCUUCUCUUCAGUCCCCGACACAUGCACAGUCCCCAUCGUGUUCAGCAGCCUACUGA